AUGGCUUCUCCGACAAUACAAAUUCCUGAUUCUGUUUACCCGCCUAUUCCAGGGGAAAACCAUCGGUAUUAUGGAAACAUUCAUAAAAAACAAGUAAUACUUCAUUCUGCUGCCAAUGUCCAGGUUUUAGGUGACACGUCAAGUUUUCCUCAAUUUUUUGACAUGGACAUGGACAUGGAUAUAUACGAAGCAGCUGCCACCGGAAAUAUAGACAGGGUAAAAGAAUUGUUAGAUCCUCAUGGUGCUGGUGAAACUACAUCUUCCUUUUUACUUGCGAACGAAGUAAGCCCAUCUUCUGGUUUAAAUCCUUUACACUAUGCCGCUUCGCGCGGUCAUACGGAUAUUGUCAAAUGGUUAGUCACUGAAGCUGGUGCCAUCAUAGAUCUUGAAGACCAGACUGCUUCAUAUAAUGGACAUGUGUCUAUUGUGGCCUGGCUUUUAAUGAAUUCGGCAAAUGUUGAACAGAAAGAUAAUGAUGGAUGGACUGCUUUGCAUAACGCUUCCUCCCAAGGUCAUAUAAUGAUUGUCAGGUAUUUGUUAGAGAACACCAGUGCCAAUGUAGACGUCAAAAGCAACAAAGGACAUACACCAUUGAUGAAUGCAGCGUCAAAAGGACAUAUCUCUGUCGUUAAAUACCUUUUGAAUCGUGCUAACGCAAAUCCUUUUGUAAAGAAUUGUAUUGGAGAAUCCGCAUAUGAUAUAGCCGCUGCUUCUCAAAAAGCAUAUAUCUGUGAAUUAUUGGAGAAAGCUGAACGUGAAUGGUGGAAAAAUAAAAGAUUGUUGCAAUCAACGACUUCUCCCUAUGACCUUAUGAAUUUACCAGCUACAAAUCAACCAUAUGAUAUUUAUGUUUUCCAUAGCGCUGUACCGGUUAUUCUUCAUGAGAAUCAACGUUUGUCUUCUGCUUUCAGUUUAUCUAUUCGUAAUCCUCCAAAAUAUUCAGCAAAUAAUCUUUUGAAGAGUGACAGCUGUAGCCCUUGGUCUCUUCAUCCCGAAGGAAGACCCUGUACCAAGGAAGAUGUUCACCUUCCACUAGGACCUUCAUCUUCAUCCACUUCAUCAAAGAUUUCACAAAGUGAUUGGGAUUGGUUUACUGAAUGGUGUAUUGAUAUUGAUUAUCCACGUGUUGAUUCACAAGGAUGGCAAUAUGCUAAAAAAUUUGAUGAACCAGAUUCAUCUUGGUCAGAGUCACUACCAUCAAAUAGUAGUAAUGUUGGGGUUCGAAGAAGAAGAUGGAUACGGAUUAUGAAACGUAAAAUGUCCCUUAAUGAAAUUGGUAUUGGUGAAUUGGAUUAUUUGGAGAGAGCCGAAGCUAUUGUUAAAAAAUACCCAGACAACAGUAAAGGUAAGUCUGUCGACCUCUCAGCUGCUGAUAAGUUGGCAAGGUACAAAGAAGCAAUCGAAAUCCUAUCUUCUGGCAUUAAAACCGAUCACAAUGCACAACGGAAACAAAAAGCCAUGCUCUUAAUUAACAAUUUUACACGACUUGCGGAAGGCAAUGAUAUUCCGACGACUCCAAAUAUGUCAAAGCCAUUGUCUCCCACUCCUCUUUCGUAUAGAUCAGAUGCAACGCUUACUAACAAUGAAACACCAUCAACUGCAAGUUUUGAAACAAUCGAACAUCCAUGGAAUGUUGUUGAUAAUCUUCAAGAAUCAAUUCUUGAUCUUACAUCGCCUUCCACUAUGGUAUCUCCUAGAACACAUCCCCAAACAGGUGUCAACAUUACAAAUGCUCAAGCACAAACUUUAACUUCUCAUAACAAAUUCAAAUGGGAAAAUGAUGAGGAUGUAAGUGAAUGUCGUCUUUGUGAUAAGAAAUUUAGAUUAUGGGCUAGAAGGCAUCAUUGCAGACGGUGUGGUAAAGUCGUAUGUGAUCAAUGCUCUACUAAACGAGCUCCUUUGUUGCCUUCGCAAGUUCUUUCCGAUCCUUCAUCAAGUGACAUUAUGAGUCAUACCCAAUAUCACC